ACACAGAGAUCGGCAGAGCUGAGAGGCACUGAGGAGGGAACACACACUUACUGACUCUUGAACACACACACACACACUCACACACAAAGACAACAGGUCUAUUGUUCACACACACUCAAAUAGCUGUUGAUCAGUCUAACGCACACACUCGUCAACACACACACUCUUCGCUGGACCCUGGAUUGACCACUUGAGGAUACAUCCCACAGGACUCCUUUUCCCAUCAUGCACCAGCGGAGCCUCUCAGAGCUCCAGGGGGUCACCACCCAGCGGGGGGCCUCGACCCCACGGACUAGCCAGGAUGGAGCCUCGUGGAGCUCCAGGUUGAGGGAAUCCGGUCGUUGCCGCUGCCCUCCGAGGAGAGCUCCUCUGUGGGCAUGGCUGCUCCUGGGGGCCCUGGUGGUUCCUGGAGCCUGGAGCUAUCUGAGCGAAGAGCAGGAGGAGCUGCUGGUGGAGCUUCAUAACCACUACAGAGGGCAGGUUUCACCCAGUGCCUCAGCUAUGCUGCCUCUGAAGUGGGACCCUAGCAUGAAGUUGCUUGCAGAGGGCUACGCUGCAAAAUGUAUCUGGAACCACAAUCCAGAGCUGGAGGACACCGGAGAAAACCUGUUUGCCGGAACUGGGCCUCUGGACCUCCGAGUGGCUCUGGAGAAAUGGUUCCUGGAACACUUGGACUACGACUUUCAGAACAACAGCUGUGAUGAAGACAAGAUGUGUGGACACUACACACAGAUGGUGUGGGCGGACACACACAGAGUCGGCUGUGCCUUCCAUAUCUGUAACAGUAUGGAGGGAUUGGACUGGGAGAGAGUCUCCUUCCUCGUCUGCAACUACUACCCAGCGGGGAACUACGAAGACCAGCGGCCGUAUGUUGAAGGUGACUGGUGCUCCAGAUGUCCAGAAAACCUCCAGAAGUGUGAAAACAACCUCUGUGUUCCUGACAUGGUGGAGGAAGACAUUGAAGAUGAAGAAGAAGAGGAUGAAGAGGAGGUGACACCUGAUCCCUCCCUCCAGCCUCCAGAAACUAAUCCUCCUGGAACAGCUGACCCCCCUGUCCAGCCUGCCACCACUGACAGUGCUCCCAGUAUCACCACCACCCUCUUCGGCCGGUUCUCUAAAGACACCACAGUAACCACCACCACUGCCAAAGUCCCUGAAACUCCCUCAGCAACACUGGGAAAAGAUGAAGAGGUGGAAGAAAGGGUGGAGGAGGAAGAGAAGGUGGAGCCGGAGAAGAGAAAGGAAACUACAGUGAGCAAGGCGGCAGAAAGGGAGGCAGGCGUAACACGAAUAAUACACAAGGACACCAGAGCAUCGAUGAACGCUGCUUCAGUAUCCUUACCUUCGGUCCUGUUAGCCUGUCUGACCGCAAUGCUGACUCUCAGGCUGUGAGGAGGAAGAGGAGGAUCUUGCCACUCUUGCAUCGACUGCACGUUACCUUGUGACAAACUGUUUCCCCUGUAGAGCAAAAUAGGUCAGUUAAUAAUUCACACUCACCAGAAAACAGCUGCUGCAACAUCUGCAUGAAGUCUGGGCUGCGAUCUGGGUCGAAUAAUGUGAGCACAACCUGCUUCAACCUGAUGGGAAAACCUAAAUAUUACUGCCAGGAAAUUCCACAACUAAAUUUGCAGUUUUGAUAGAGAAGUAACUAAUUCAACUCAUGUGCUUUAAGGGUUUUUCAACUGCUAAAAGACAAAAAAAAAAAGACUUAUUACUGCAUUUGCAAAGCUUUUCCAUCAGAACUGUUAUCAGACAGCAGCCUUCAAAUUAGCAUCAUUAUUCACUUACGUAUAAACCUGUGUCAGAACAUGAUUAGCUGAGCUUAGCAUGAAGAUGAGCGAAAGUUCUGUCCAAAGAACAACAGAAUACACCCACCAACAUCUGCAAAGCUCACCAAUUAAAAGAUAAAUCAUCAAACUUUGCAAUCUUAACCUCCACGGCAGACUUUGGGAAUGAGAUGUCGAGCUAAACUUACUGUGGAGGCAGAACAACAAUAAAUCAAAACCAUCUGGUAAAACUUCUAAAGUCCUAGAAAAGCAACAAUCCAAAUAAGAACGUCAAAAUAAAUCAGAAAGGAAAGCAACGACGCAAGGUGGAGGGAAGCAGCGAGGGACAUGCCGUUAACAGGCUGGAAAACAGAAGAACUUUAAAAGACAAAGGGAGAAGCACAAGGCGCAAUAAUGAAGAAGACAAAGACAUAAGACUGAUCAACACACAUCCAGAAAUACUGUUUCAACAUACAAAAAAGGAAACAACUGCAUACAAAAAGCUCAAGCUCCCUGCAGUUUUCCCAAUAAAUCUGAUUUUUACAUCAGCAUUUUUUUUUGUUUUCAGUCUGACUAAACGAAACAGAAAUUAGCGCUCUGGAACAGACAUUUCACAACCAGCAUUAGCUAUCCAGAAUACUUACCGUUUGACAUAAUAACCAACAUAUUCAUUUGCUGGUUCAUUUUUAUGUGUGAGUCUAACUUUCUGAAGCUGAGCUGAAUCCCCCGGUGACCGUUAUGAGGACAGGUGCAAGGCAUUUUAUUUGGAUGGCUGGUUGUACAAAAUAAGUUGAAAUUAUUCAGAGGACUUCAAACAAAUUGACAAAAACCUGUCCUAAAAGACUUGCAGUUAGUUUAAAAUGAGUUUAAAUGGCUCAGAAUGACUGAAAGUUUGUUCAAAAUUACAAAAAUAUGUCGAAAAUCACUCAAAAAUGGCCCGAAAAGGUUUCGAUCGGCUAGCCUCAUCCAUAAAGCUUAUAAUCAGUUCAAAUAGUGGGCAGAACCUAACUGCUUGACAUUUAUUUUGUUUCUGUUUAAAAGCGCAUUAAAUGAUCAAAAUGUCAGAUGUUUUUCUGUUACUGAGAAAUCAGUGACGAUGUUCCAACAUAUUUGUAAUUUGUACUUCAUUUUGUCAUCAUGAGGCAACAUUUGUUGGCCAAAGACAGAGUACAAUGACCUGCAAUAAAUGUAUUUAAUCACCUUUAUUACUUGCUGUGAAUAGAAACAGACAGAAAUUCAUAUUUUUGUUUGCCAGUUAUUUAAAAACUUCGCUCUACAUUUGGAUGAAAACCCAGCUAAUGAACAACACCAGACCUGACUCAGAGAUCUGAAACUAGGCUAGCUGUUUCCCUUGACCUUCUACCUUUGUGCUAAGCUAGGCUAAUAAUAUCCCACAUCUUAAUCUGAACUGUAAGCACACAUAAAUACUCUAAUGCUGCUUUAUCUCAAAGAAGAAUGAGGUUAAAUGAGUUUACUCUUUAGUGGAAAGUGUUCCCGUUUGUUGCACAUUGUCCCAAAGUGGAUUCGAAAGUUUAUCAUUUAGCGGUGCGGAUUCAUUGUGCUAAUAAUGCCAUCAAAGAAUAAUAAUUUAGAGCUGAUGUGGUCCCUUAAGAAUAAAUCCCCAAAAAUAUUGUUACAUCAUAAUUUGUCAUUUGGUGUUUGAACUUGAGAUACACAGAGCUGUGCUUCCUCCAUACUGAAAACCAAAAAAGAAUCAAGUGGUGUGGAGAGAAGCUGCUCACCAAACUGUGCCCCCUCAGAUCGCCUCUUCAUGUUGGGCCACGCAUCAUUUGUAUCUGCAGGGCGAAGGUGGUAUCAGUGGAUUUCUGUCUCAUAGAAAAAGAUUUAAAUAUUAAAUAUACAGCAUCAUCUCAUGUGGAACAGCCCACUAUUAUGAUCAAGUGGAAGCAAAGGGAUUUGGGGACAUUUUUAUUGUGAUUUUAUUACAGUUGAAUUGCAGGAGAAAUGAUUGCUGAACUAUGUUUUGAACUGACGACCCUGCUUCUUCUUCUUCUUCACAAAUACAUAUCUACUGUACACUUUAUAUUCUCUCAGACUGGAACUACAACUGGACAGCGUCUAAUUAUUUACCAACGUUACCAUAAUUAUAUGUAAUAAUUCUAGCAGAGAUUGCUGUAAAUGUCUGUAUAUAAGAUUAAUAAAAAAAAAUAAACCAUA